AUGAAUUCUUUGAAGAUCUUAUUUUUAAAAAACCAUCAAACAAUAAUUCGCACAAACAUGUUUUCUGUAUUGAAUAAAAAUGGAAAUCACAUGUUCAAAAGAACUGCAAGUACGGAGAAUAAAAAUAAUGAAGAACAAAAAAAAAAUGUAGAAGAAAAUGUGUAUAAAGAUAAUUGUCCUAAAGGAAUUAGAAUACCUAUAAUGAGAUAUUUUUACGGUCUGAUAUUCUUAAUGGCAUUUGUUCCAAUAACUCAGUCUCUUUAUGAAACGAAUAAAUAUUAUAAAGAGAAUGAACAUUUGUAUGAAAAAGGGAAAAAUUGA